UGGAAAUUUGCAGCAAAAGAUAUUAUAUCCAUUAGAACUUGGUAACUUAGGAAUUUAAAUUGCUGAAACUUGCAGACAAGAGCGAGCAGUACUUGAUGGAGAGACUUUUGCAGAAACAGAUAUUCAGAACUGGAGUUCUAUGGUUCAACUCUGAAGAAGCAGGAGGAUGCCAUAUUCAAAGUCCACAAGUUCACAUAAGAUCAGCAGGCAUAACUGAGAAGUUGAAUUCUAUCCAUCCCAAACUUCCUAAAACGGCGAGCCAGAGAAGAAAAUCAGAGAAGGUUUAUGCUGUAAGGAGGAGAAAGAUAUAUGAAAGAACAGAAACUUAUGUACUGCUAGAACCGGGACAGGACGAGAGGUUUGUGUCCGAGGAAGAACUAAGGGCCACGUUGAAGGGUUGGCUGGAAAAAUGGCCAGGCAAGUCUCUUCCUCCGGACCUCGCAAGAUUCGAGAGCAUCGACGACGCCGUUUCUUUCCUUGUCAACUCUGUUUGCGAACUUGAAAUCCAAGGUGAUGUUGGUUCAGUCCAAUGGUACGAAGUUCGUUUGGAGUAACGAAGAGAGAUUAGUAUGUUAAACUUGUAAGUCGCAUAGUUUAUACUUGUCGUUUAACUCAUAAAAGGACAUGUAGUUUAUUGUUUAAAGUUUGUUGUUGUUUGAUGAACACCUCAAGGCUCAAAACGACAUUUUCAAAAAAUAGAAAAAAAAAAAAAAAAAAACAA